AUGAAUAAAUCAUUAAAUUAUUUGGAUAAAAUCCAAAAAUCAUACUUAUUAAACUUAUUAAAAGCCAAUAAAUUUCUAAUGAGUGCCUUCACUAUAACGCUUCCCACUUGCUCACCAGUUUGCAAUGACUCUAAAUGAGUUGCUACCACCGGACGAGCCUGCACUAACUACCCGGUAGUUGGAUGAGUUGUGCCACCGUGCUUGGUGUCAACAAAGGUUAUUAACCAUGGGGAAACUCAAAGUGGUUGAAUUUUCUUGUCGACUCUUACCAAAAUGGAAAUCGAAGCCCAAGGAUAACUCCUGGCUUCACACUGGGAAAUAGUUCUGAUGGUUAGGGAACAGCCAGUGGAUUUGUAGAUAUCACUUUCCAACCCUCAGCUAAAUUUUUCUCUUGAGACAAAAGCUUGAAUUUAGAGAAAAGCUUCUGGUCACUAAUCUAACAUAGAACUUUACAAAACUAUAAGAAAUCUAGCUGUAUAAGCUUUCUGGAACGUCCCUUCCUCAAGAUCCUGUACAUCCUGUGGGAUAUCAGCCACAGGAGAUAAGAGGGUGAGUUGGUUCGUAACUCCCCCCCUCCGUGAGUGAGCAAAAAAAUUUUGUUCACUCACGGAGGGGGGUUAAUUGUUUUUUUUUAAAAAAAAAUUAUAUAUAAAUUUUAUAGAAAAUAUUUUUGUUUAAAAUUAAACAGAAUUAGCUCGAGAUUUCAUUAUACUAAUUAUCACUUAUAUAUCAAAAUUUUUUUCCAUAAAAAAUUUUUGUUUCGCUCACGGAGGGGGGGGAGUAAGUACAUUUCAAAAAUCAUACAAAAGUCAAAGCCCUCUCUAUAGAAAUACUCCUCAAAACAGAACCUUCCGUGAAGACGCUCCAAGCUCAGGCAAUCGUUUAAAACUUCGCCAAUACAAAACUCAAGAAGAGAAACUUGCAGAGUACCACGAAAGCCUUAAAAGAGUUAACCAAGUAAUAGACAAGUACACAUACUAUGAAGAUAAAUCAGAAAUAGAAAAAAUCAGCCAAUCUCAGCAUGGCGAAAUAAUAAAAUCUCUUAUACAUCUCAAGCGAAUAAAGCAGCACCUUGAAACAAAUUUUGAAAUUAUUUCAAAUAACGAAAACGCAGGGAUUUUGCUUAAAGUUCUCGAUAUUUUAAUAAAUAUCCCUACUGAAGCUCAAAAUGAAACGAAUAAACCAUGCCAAACUUGUGGAUGUACCUGCAGAACUAGUAGCCAAAAUAUGAAGACACAUCUCCCCAGAAUAACUUUAAGUGAGUUUGAUAAGCCAUAUCUCGCAAAAGCGAUUAAUUUAAGCACAAAAGAUCAGCUUGACCGAUGCUGCAAAUGUGAAAGUUCAGUGAUUGGGAAAAAUAGCGAUGGGGUUUGUGAAUGGUGCUUAAUCCAAACCCAAAAUUCUCAGCCAAACUCUCUCGCAAUUUUAAUGAAAAUUAAAAAUUUAAGCACAAAAAAAUAUUCAAAAAGAGAUGUUGACUCCACUGUGAAACCAGAAAAAUUUAACACAGCAAGGCCUUAUCAAGAGACAGCCCAAUCAGGGUUAAAUUUAGAGCUUCAAAUCGGAGAAAAAACUACAAGAAUAAGAGACACUGACACUGUUUUAUUCAGGAUCCAAUUUGACGAGUUUCAUUCUGAGAAGUCUUCACCUGACAUUAGAAUAACUGAUAGCGGUAUGCUUGAAGCAGAAGAAAAAUCAUUCGUCACUGAGACAAAUUCACUUAUUCCACCCAUAAAAAACAGACAAGCUUUUUCUUUUUUAAAACACACAAAAGCAUCAGAAUCAAAAUUUAAGUCAUUUAUUCCAAUUCCUCCUGAUAUCGAUAUAAAGCCGUCUAAAGAGAGCCUUAUUAAAGAUAUACAUGAAAUACGCUCUAAUGGUAAAGCAAUAUUGACUAGUUUGCAAAUUCUUCAAGGCGAGCAAAUUAGCGUGGUAAACUCACAGGUAAAAAGUAUCAAUAAAUACUGUAACAAAUUUUUAAAAAAUUAUACCAAGCAGCUGAAAAGUUUGCUGCUGGGGAUUAUUGAGUUCUUACCUGAGCAUGCUUAUGGAGUAGAAAAAUGCUUUGAAGGCGCUAUAGCAAUAAUUGAAUUUUUAUUAGCCUCAGUCAAUAUCCCUAAAUCCCAGCACAUCGAAAUCCAGCAGCUUCACGAAGAAAAGAAAGCAGAAACCACCCACCUCACCCAAGAAAUUGAAAAUCUAAAAAACGAACUUGCCUUCACAGCCAGAACAAAUCGUGUAAAAACCAUCAAGCUAGAAAACACAAUCAGCAAAUACAAACAAAUGGUCCAACUCUACGAAAUGGAACUUGACAGAAAAACUGAAAAAAUAAACUACUCACCAUAUGAUGAUUAA